CACAUAACUUCAGCCAAAUCCAACACAAAGCCGCCUGCGAUGGCUCAAGGCCAUGAUCGCCCAGCUCGCUUUGCGGGUUGAAGAGGCGUUUGCAGAUCCUGCAGGUCGAAUGGUUGGGAAUGGCUGGUGGAGAGUGCCUUGAGUACCCCGCCAGUGAUUUCACAGAGAACCUCCACGUAGCUUUGCCGCAACCUAGCCGGGCCCAUGAGGUUGAGGGUGGGCAGCGGCUUCUCAACCUGGUGCCUGCACCCACCUGGGAGUGUGGCAGAAGAACAGCGCGCGUUUGGGAAGCUGGGUAUGCAUUGUCCCCAGCCACUGAGAAUUGGGCGCGGCACGUGCGAGAGGCACACCGCACCCGCCCCGCUUUAGCAGUCGGGUUCGUGGGUGCUACAUCUGCUGGAAAGAGUUGGCUUGUCAGCAAACUGCAAAGUGAUGGUGCUGCUCAGCCAGCCAGACUCGAGCAGAGUUUUGUUGGAGGGGUGGACUUGCAAUCUAUGACUUCGGACAUCAAUUUGUACAUGGAUCCCGUUGACCAUCUAUACUACGUGGACUUUGAGGGGACCUUUGGCACCCUUCCAUUGCAAUACUAUGCUGCGGACAUGGCGAAGGUAGUGCAAAGAUGUGCUGACGUGAUGUCUUGGGAGUCUAAGAGACGGCAGGUGCUCAAAGAAUCUUUUCAACCAGCUGUGGCAUACCUCAUGUGCGAUGUUGUAGUGUUUCUGACGCGGGAGAAGCUCGUUUGCCGCAGGGCAUUGGAGGAGUGUGAGCAAUUUGCUCGUGCGGCCAAUGCUCGAGUUACCAAUGCGCUGCCACCCGCCUUAAUCAUUGUGCAGAACUGCUGUAGGCCCAGUGAAGGUAUUUUUGAUCCAGAGAAAUGCACUGAUGCCUUCCGCAAGGCACAUUUCAGUGGUGGGCGCUGGAACUAUGAUGACCCCGUGCAAGAUUCCUCUCCAGCAGCCAGCUCUGCUGUUGCGCAGUGGGCUGAGUACUUCAGGAGCAUUGAUUGCUUCUGUCUUCCAGAUGAGUACACCUUCUGCAAGAGGAGUGGGUUUGAUGGUGAGGAAGUUUGUGCGGAAGCCAUUAUGAAGCUCAAAGCCAAGCUUCGAGAAAGACUUAAUGAGGGCUUGCCUGCUCGAACAGAGAAUGGGAUAAGUCUUUCACAAUUUCAGUGGUUUUCGGCACUCUCUACUUUGUGCAGCAUCAUCAAUGACCAGGAAACUGUGGCAAUGUCUGCGAUCUAUAUCCAUGCCGGUGCUGUGGCUGGUGGCGUGAACGAGCUGAAGUCGGUCCUUCUCCAGUUAAUGCAUCCAAUGAAGCGGCAAGAGGCCUUUGACCCUGAAGACUUUCACCGGAGGUUGUUGGUUGCAGUGGGCAUUGUUGCCCGCUUUGUUGUGCGACAUGAUCUUUCAGAAGAUGACGCAUCCCAGGUUGUGAAGUACGUCAUCUCUUUGUUUCCCUGCGGUGCUGUGGCCCCACCCUUUGUUGAAAGGGCUGAUGGCAGCAAACUGCCGGUGGUGUGUGGUCAGAAUCAGCUCUUUCAUCAGGGCUUGCAUCGCUCCAACGCCUUGGUUCGAACCGUUGAUGCUGGCUGGCUGCAGCACAUCAGCGAAUGGCUCCAAGGAGGUGUCACCUACGCGUGGCCAGGGGAGUUCACUUGCAGCGAAAGCCUGGCACAGGCAUCCAACCAAGCCGUCCUAGCUGCGUCCGUCCUAGAACAGGUGGAAGAAUACAAAGUGGAGAAGUGUUUGGAGGGUUUGGCACCAAAAGUUGGAACUCCAUGGGUGCUCAAGGCUCACAGCAGCUUCAGCUCCAGUGGUCUCAAGGUGGUCCAAGACACUUCUCGCUUGUGCAUCAUUUGUACUGAUCCUGGCUCUGAGAGCGGCGGCUUUUGGAAGCUUUGGUCCUCGUCGGCAAAUGACCAGCUGCCAGUGUGUGUCCACUGUUACAAAAUAAUGGAGAUCAAUUCCUUGUGCAAGGGCGGUACAGUGGAGCCGAUGGUGAGCACAAAUAUGACCAGAGAAGGCCGCAGAUGCGAGGCUUGCGCACCACAGGGUAGAGUCGUCCCAGAGGACCAAGCAGAGACUUCAAAGGCAGACCAUCGGUUGCACCCUUGCAGGUGCCUCGUAUGUCGGAAGUGUGCGGAAAAGGUGGCGUGGAGCGACCGUUCCGCUUGCCCUCUUUGCGACAUGAAGGUCCAGUGGCUGUCAGACGAGAGGGCCUUGAUUGCAACUGGAUGGCGCGUCACACGGGUACAUGAUGGCAACAGGCCAGAGAAAUGUGGGAUGUGCGGAAGUCGUUCCAAAUGAAUACCAUUGAUUCUU